CAGUCCACUCAGCUGGCAAAAAUGAGUAGUACCUGUAUUUCAAAGGGCCAGCCUUGUCAUACUCUGUGUCACGCUGAAUCUCCCCGAGAACUACGUUAAGGGUACACGUGUCUGUGGAGUGCUCAGUCACUCGCACGUUAAUUUCACGAGCAGGCUGUUUCGUUGAUUGGGUCAACUGGGACCCUCGUCGCCGCAACCGACGGAGUGCUCUCCAAAAAGUUAUGAGGGGGUUAUAUGCCGUGCGUAAAGCAGAAUUCCACCAAAUAGUGGUCACUAGUGGUUACUAGUGUCGUCACAUGUGCUGCUGUCAGAACACAAGGAACCGCAACAGUGACCAUCAAAUAUCUCGCCCCCGACGCUAAAACACUUCUGCCAAUCCACUACUAUGAAUUAUUAUUUUUUAUGGUUACAGAAAAGAUGAAAAGUGAAGACGAUCUUGACAAGAUUUGAACACAAGAGAGCUGAGAGUGGGUACAAAUACAGCCAAGCAUUGUAUUCAACGAUCUAACAACUCUGCCAAAUUCACUGGGUUGGGUAACAAACUGAACGUAAACAAAAACGACCACAUAGAAGUUUGCUACAUGCUGUCUCGGGUCACAGAACGCCAACAAUAUUUCCGUUGUAAACAUUCUUCGUUGAUAUUCCGUAAGACGAACGCUUCUCCGAUAAGAAACUUCAAGUAAUGGAAAUAUGUUACUUGUCCUUCAGUUUCCAUUUGAAGUGUGUUAACUAUCGUUGCUAUGCCAUCCUUUAUUGUUGGAUGUGUUCUGUUUUCAUUAACAUGGCAAUCAAGCUUCGCAUAUUGCUAUCAGAAAAUUGGUAUUGGUACAUGUGUUACUGACCAAGAAAAUAUCAAGGAUCUUUGUUUGGAGAAAUGUUCAAGAACACACCCAUCUUGCCACGGCCUAAUUGAUAGGUUUGGAACACUAGAGAAGUAUCGAUGUCACUGUAAAAAACUCGGUGACUGCAACUUCCAUCGAAAUGGUACCUGUGGAGGUGGCGGAUGCUUGCCUGGUUACAGAGGCAUAACCUGUCAAAUACGUUUAUACCAUCAUUUUUUAGCAGUAGUUAAUCCCGGUACCAUUUUCUCUGACUCUUCAAUGAAAUGUGACCCUCUACCAUUGAAUUUGAAAUUAAACUAUGAAUACCGGAUUCAUACCAUAAUAUUGCACAGUUUAAAAAGCCUUCCCCAAAUCGACGGUACAGAUUUCAAAUGCGAUGUUGGGGCAAAGUUAGUGAAAUGUACAGGAGACACGUUCACUAACCGCCUCAAAAUUAGCAGUGAUACACCUAACCAAUGUGUCACCAGGAUCGAACUUGAAGGGUGCCCUCCUACGUUAUACGGAGCUACAUGCACAUCAGUAUGUUACUGUAAGAAAAAUGGCUGGUGUCACCAGUGGACAGGUUUUUGUAAAGAUGGAUGCGAAGAGGGACAUGUGGGUAGUGACUGUCAAGACACUUCCUACGAGAACAUUGCUUUAGGUAGACUAGCAUCACAAAGCUCUACUUACGGACACAACUUAACCCGCUUAUUCAGCCACGAAGGUAAAUGUACUCAAAAGAUUGCACCAAUGUACGGUUCCUACGCUGUAGAUGGAACUUACGACCCUUCAUAUGAACACCACACAUGUACGAGUACUCUCAACGUACGUAACAAUUGGUGGCAAGUUAAACUUGAUAGAGUAUACAACUUAACUCAAUUUAGGAUUUACAACAGAAAUACACAAAAAUCACGAUUUAAGGAUUUUCGUGUUCUCGUGAAUUCAGGACCUAAUGGUUCUUUUGUUAAAGCCCAUCAAAGUUCUUCUACUGAACACACUAAAGAUAUCAUCUACAUCCGAUUAAAAAAACCAAUUCAGGGAGACAUUCUCAAAAUCGAAGGUCCCCAUGCCAUGCUUACAUUGUGUGAAGUUGAAAUAAUAAAAUGCAAACAUGGAUACCACGGCUAUCUCUGUACAAAGCACUGCUCCUCUCUUUGCGUAAAUAAUGACUGUUCUGAUUCCGAUGGCCGCUGUACAUCAGCUUGUCUUGACGGUUAUUCAUGGAACAGGAGUAAAAGAGAUUGCAAAGAGUGUACUCCUGGAAAAUAUGGUACUCACUGUGAUGGGAAAUGCAACUGUCGAAAAAAGGACAUCUGCGACAGAGUCACUGGAAUAUGCCCACGAGGAUGUCCACCUGGUUUCAGAUCAGCCACUUGUCAAAAAGCAUGCCGUAAAGGUACAUAUGGAGAUGAAUGUCGUAAGCGCUGUCAUUGUAUUGACAGCAGUUGCAACCCAGAAAAUGGUCAUUGUGCUCAUGGAUGUGAGGCUGGAUAUCUGGGUGAAAGCUGUCAAGAAUUCUGCAAGGAAGGCACGUAUGGAAUCAAUUGCACCAAAACAUGUAACUGUGCUGAUGAUGACGCCUGCAACCCGAUGCAUGGUGCAUGUCCUAGAGGCUGUUUUCCUGGAUACGGGGGUUCCGGCUGUCAGGAUGAAUGUGCAGCCGGGACUUAUGGUGAUAGUUGUUCAGGAGUUUGCAACUGUCUUGAUAAAGCUCCUUGUAACAUAAUAAACGGUACCUGUUCAAAUGGAUGUGAAAUCACCCACACAGGAGCUGAUUGUCAGACUCCAACGCAUAUAAUCGAAAUUAUCAUUGCAAUCGGAAUACUAGUGAGUCUAGUUUUAAUAGCUGUGUGUAUCUGCUGCUGGAACGGUUUGUUGCACGACGUUUCUAAGUAUCGUUACCUGGUCGAGUCCGCGAGUUCGCGUCUACCCCCAAGGACCGUACGCUCCCGCUCUAACUCAAGUGUAGCAGGCCUCCGAGGACCCGAAAGAUAG